AGAUAUAAAUAGACGUAGUAUUUUAUCUGCACCAGUAUUCAUCAGUUUACUUCUAUGACUGCUAUUGAGCACGACGUUCUUGUCUACAAUAGAUAAAUACAUUUGACAAAUAAAAAAGUUAUUGGGUGUGAUAAAAAAUGAAUCAACCACCAGGUGUUACUGUGGUGCAGAGUUUCAACUAUGGCCCUGAAACCGCGCGAGUAAAUUGUCCUCAUUGUCAUGCUGAUAUUUCUACGAGAGUUGAAACUCAAGCGAAUGUUAAAACUCAUAUUAUUGCUUUACUACUUUGCCUUUUUCAAUGCUGGAUUUGUAUUCCAUGUCUGUAUUGUACGGACAAGUGCUUAGUGAAGAAACAUUACUGUCCGUCAUGUGAACAAUAUCUUGGAUCCUGUGAAAAUUAAAUUAUUUAUUUUUUCAAUCUAUUUAUUAUGAAUACACGCAGAUAAUUAAAUUUCACUCGUUAAUUAUGAGUGAAACUGGGGCGGAAUUAAUAAUUACCCUUCUAAUUUCAAGUAUUGUUAAAUUAUGGAGUAAAAAAUACUAAAUUUCGAGUAAUUUUUAAAUAAUAAAUAAAAUAAAAAUAUUAGUUUUUAUUCUUUACGUAUUUUUUUAUUUGCAGCCCAGUUUUACUCCAAAUUUCAGGAUAAAUUUUUGAAAAAAAUGACUGUGUAUAAACAUAUAUUGUUUCGCUAAAAAAAACAUAUAUUCAAAUCAAAUUUUUUUAACAAACCACUGGAAAAAAAAAAUUUAGAUCUGAUUAGAAUUUAAAAUUCUGAUCUCCGUAGAUCUUAAUUUUAUUUUUCAAAAAAAAGUUUUAAUAUUUAUUAAUUUAAAAUUUCGAAUAUGAUUAAAAAUAUUUAAAGUCACGCACGAUGUACUUUACUUUAAUACAUAAAAUAUAAUACAAUUAUAUAC